GUUUCAAGUCGGAAGUAUUUUGAAUUCGGAACAAGGAUGGCGCUCACCAAAAGUCAUCCAUUCCUCAAGUAUCUAUUACAUCUUGCCCACGAUAAUCUGGACUUCAGGUUACCGGAGAUUAAGGCUCUGCUGAGUCUCAGAGGAAAACCAUUCCAUCCAUAUGAGAACUUCAACGAAAAGUCUCCUUUCUGGCGUCUGAAGGAUUUGUCUGAGGAGGAUGUUCGUGGUAUCAUGGCCAGAUCUGUUUGUGCAAAGUCUGCUUUUGAGUUAUGGGGCCAUGGACAAACACACAGUGAACUCAGAACAUCCCUCUUGAACUACCCAUUAGAGAACAUGAGUCCAUUCAUGCAGAAAGACUCCACAUAUAGAAUCAACGUCUAUACUUUCAACAAGACUCUGGAGUUUACAGACAGAUUAAAAAGGAUUGAUGCUUUGGAUUAUCUUCCAUUUGAGGGCACAGUGAGUCUGAAGAGCCCUCAGCAUAUCUUCUGUUUGUUGGAAGAUUAUGGCACAGACCCCAACAGCAUCCCUGAGCAUCCAAUCCACAUCUACUUUGGUAGAUGGAUAGCGGACGGUCAGCGUGAACUGAUUCGCUCUCACAGUGUGAAGAACAGACACUUCAUAGGAAACACCAGCAUGGAUGCUGGCCUCUCACUCAUAAUGGCCAACCACGCUAAGGUCAAAGAGAACGAUCUUGUUUUUGACCCAUUUGUUGGUACAGGGAGCCUGUUAGUAGCAUGUUCUCAUUUUGGAGCCUAUGUCUGUGGAACAGAUAUUGAUUAUAACACUAUUCAUGGCAAAGGUCGGUCGAGCCGUAGAAACCAGAAGUGGCGAGGACCUGAUGAGAACAUCAGAGCCAAUCUGCGACAGUAUGGAACAGAGAAGAUGUAUUUAGAUGUAAUGGUGUCUGAUGCGUCCAAGCCUGUGUGGAGAAAUGCUGCUCUGUUUGAUGCCAUCAUUACUGACCCUCCGUAUGGUAUCCGUGAGUCCACAAGACGAACAGGCUCCCACAAAGACAUUACUAAACCCCCCGAGGGCAUCUAUGUAGAGUCUCAUGUCCCUGUAUCGCAGGUAUACCACCUGAGUGACAUCUUCACAGACCUACUGAACUUCUCUGCCCAGCACCUGGUCAUGGGCGGGACGCUCGUCUACUGGCUGCCUGUCUACCAGCCUGAGUACUGUGAAGAGAUGGUUCCUCUUCAUCCAUGUCUCCGGCUCAUCAGUAACUGUGAGCAGACACUUUCCAGCCACACUUCACGACGCCUCAUCACCAUGGAGAAGAUCAAGGAGCCGGAGGAACUGGACAGUUCGGCUCAUCUAGCAGACCCAUGCUUCAGCCCCUACCAGGGACACAAUGCCUUCAGAGAGAAGUAUUUCAGCGGACUUAACAAGAAGUGUGGCAAGGACAACAAUAAAUCCGAUGUGAAUGUAGAGUGAAUGAAUUUAUGCGAAGAAGAUUAGAGUAAAUCUCUUCAGUUUUCUUAUAGUGGAGAAAACAAAAACAUUAAUGGACCCAAAACUGUCAGACUGCUGUUAGUUUAAAAACAAACCAGUAAGUUAUUUGUCACAAUUUUUAAAUCUUUCUUACUAUUUUAAUUGUUUAUUUUUAUGCCUGUACUUAUUCCUUUGCAAAUAAAUGGAUAAAAUAUCCUGAAGUCUCCUUUCUCAAGUACUGUUAUGCUAGUUUUUAAUCA